AUGAGUUAUUCAUAUCCAAACAGCGCGAACGCGGAUGCCUACCGUCCAGCCCGUCGCGAUUAUUAUGUCGACUCAUCUAAUGGCCACCGCCGUCUCCUCGACACUUUGCCACCGUGGCUACGACAAUGGGUCGCCGAACUCCAAGCUCAUUGGACUGCCCGGAGCUUCACCACCACCGAGAACUCUCGGGGCAGUCAUGCACUAACAGCACGGCUAUGGAGGGUAUUCAGACGCAUAUUCACAGUCACAAAUACCCUGGCUGUUCUCUGGUUCUUUACGCUCUGGUGGGGGGAACGGGCCGUGUUCCAGGAUAGUUUGGAGAAGUGCGCCUGGGAAAACUGGGAAAACUGGCCUCGAGAGGCAGCGCCACAUCAUGUUGCUUUCAUCGCAGACCCGCAGCUGGUCGACCCUCAUACCUACCCCGGUCGGCCAUGGCCCUUGUCCACUUUAACCGUGAAGUUCACCGAUCAAUAUCUUCGGCGGUCCUUUUCAUCUAUUCAAAGAAAUUUGGGCCCGGACUCGGUGUUGUUUCUCGGGGACCUGUUUGAUGGGGGAAGAGAGUGGGCAACCUCGCACAGCUCCAGUCCCGAGAAGCGCUACCAGAAAUACAAGGAUUCGUUCUGGAAGAAUGAGUACCAUCGGUUCGUGAGGAUAUUCUCGAACCAGUGGAAUGAGGGGGAUCCGCACUCAGGCAAUCCCCGUGGCCGGAGAAUGAUCGCUAGUCUCCCUGGGAAUCACGACUUGGGUUUCGGAACCGGGGUUCAGCUGCCCGUACGUGAUCGAUUCCAGACCUAUUUUGGCCAAAGUAAUCGCGUUGACGUUAUUGGCAACCACACUUUUGUUUCGGUCGACACGGUAUCAUUGAGCGCCAUGGAUCAGCCUGACCCAGAGACCGGAAGCUCAGGGUCUGGGGACGGACAUCCGCCAAACGAGCGUAUUUGGAAGGAAGCAGAGGAUUUCCUGAACAACAUGAAUGUUCAUCGUGGCAAGGCGGAAAUGGGAGAAUUACGCCUCAUGAGAAACCAAAGUGAAGGCCAUGUGUUUGACCAUAAAGUCGUGGACCUCUCGCAGCCUACGCUUUAUCAAAAACUCCAACCGGAGGUUGUAGGGUUCCCUGCCAUUCUCCUUACCCAUGUUCCAUUGUAUCGCAAACCGGCCACGCCUUGCGGGCCUUUGCGAGAGCAUUAUCCGCCUUCAGAUGGUGAACCGGAAGAAGAUGAGCGGAAUGCCCUCUCGAUCACUGCUGGGUACCAGUAUCAGAAUGUGCUCACGCAAACCAUCUCCAAGGACUUGGUCACGAAGGCAGGCCCGAAUCUUGUCCAUGUCUACUCUGGGGAUGACCACGAUUACUGCGAGGUCACUCAUCGCGAGUUUAGUGGCUCACCGAAAGAAAUCACAGUCAAGAGUCUCUCCUGGGCUAUGGGGGUCCGGCGGCCAGGCUUUCUGCUGACCAGUCUCUGGAACCCUGUUGACCCUGCCACCGGGAAGCCGACUCACUCAAUGAGCACGGGCGCUACGUUGCAAAACCACUUAUGCCUCCUGCCCGACCAAUUGUCCAUCUUCAUCCGUUACGGCCUUCUAUUCGGCCUUACCCUUGCUGUUCUUCUCGCACGAGCCGCCCUUCUUGUGCUCUACUUCCCCGCAGUGGACUCAUCUGCACCCAUUCUUCCCCUCUCUGAAUUUCGCCCUCCCCUCCAGGUCCACACCGGCAAGACCCCAAGUUCCAGUACGUCUAGCUCCACGUUUCCCUCACCGGGUGGCUUGGCCAGUCGUGCCAUCAAUGCACCUUCUCGCUACCCCAAAGUGGACGAUGAUGAUGCUUACUCCGGUCCAGAUCACGAUGACGUGGACAAGGCGAAGUGGAAAGCUAAGGUCCCCGCUUCCCGGGGAAUCUGGGGAGAAUUUGUAGACUCGGUCCAGUAUGUGGCUACGAUUGUGUUUGCAUGGUAUUUCUUCUUGAUCUGGCGAUGGUAA